GAACGCUCACCUCUCUGUUCCAAAAUGGCCGAUAUAGAACAAAAACGCAAUAUUUGCACCGCAUUGCUGCGCUUCUUGUGAACAUUUCAACAAAAAUUCAGAUCUAAGCCGGCGAAGUCGCCGCCACUGUCAAAAUUUAAAACCUUAUUUUGACAAUCCAAAAUGGAGCAGCAAAUCGUUGUGAAGACGGAAAUGCAGCCGAAUGAAGAAAUACUGCUCUUUUAUGUAGAUGAAGAAGAUGGCACAACAGAACAUGGAGUAGUGACAACUAUUGAAAACAUUGAGCAACAACAAAUAGCUCAGAUUCAAGAAGACAAUACCUAUCUGGUGGAACAAUCCAGCGCCCCCUAUGAAGAGGCAAUGGAAGCUGACCACAUCUGGGCCAAGGACAAAUGGACCGACGAUGAAACCAAACGACUCCUAGUAUUCUAUGUUGACAAUAAAACCUCUUUCCUAGGAGGAGCAACAACAAAGAAACAUCUAUGGACAGUAGCCUGCAAAACUAUGCUCUCAAACAAAAACCAUGCGGCCUGUGAAAUGAAGCUGCGGAAUUUAAAAAGAAAAUACACCCAGCUGCGUAUAGAACAAGAGAAGGGAUUCGAUGUCAUAUGGCCGUAUUUCCAACUCAGCCAUCAAGCUUUUCAUGAUGACAAAUAUGUCAAUGCUGUUUUAGAGGAGGAAAAAGCCAAAAUGGCGCCCAAACCUGUAGUACCAGUCAAACCUAAUGAAGAUGCAGGCAUUUUGGUCGUCAAAAAGGUUAAUAAACAUGCUGGGGACGGAAAUGUAGAAGCAAUGUUAAACUUAUACUUGAAACAUAAAAAGAUCAGUAGCCAUAAAGUUAAACAAAGGAACUUGUGGCAAAACAUUGCCAUGCAGAUAGGCACAGAUGAUGGUGACUACUGGCAUAAACGCUUUUUGAAUUUCAAGAGUAACUAUGUAAGGUUACUGGAGAAAAGAAACUUGGAAGGCCCAGACUCUAUAAGCUGGCCGUAUAUGAAACUCUUCGAUCAGAUUUAUGAAGGAGACGAAGAGUUCCAGAAAAAACAUGGACUGCAGAAAUAUCAGCCUCCAACGCUUAUAGAACAAUACCAACAAGUCCCGGCAGAAUCUCUUGAACAUAUCUGGAAUCAAACAGAAUUGACUGUUCUUGUGAAAUACUACUUCGACUGCUACCAAGAGUUUCAAGAUAAAACCAUUCCAAACAGUUUCCUGUGGAAUGAGGUCGGGCGUCUGAUAGACAAAAGUCCUGACUCCUGCAAAGCUAAAUAUGAGGAAUUAAGGACAGAGCAUCUUAGCAAAUAUAUUGAAGGUGGAUAUGAAGUCCGCAAUCGAGCGCCGCUGGCUAUUUUAUUCGACAACAUCAUCUGUAAAGACGUCCAGCUAGAAAUAGCGGCCAAGAGCCUUAGAGCCGCUGAAAACGACAUGUGGAAAACUGAAGAGUUGGAUGAAUUGGUGCAAUUCUUCUACGACAACGUGGAAGUUUUUAAAGAUUCCGUUUGUUACUUCGUAUGUUGGGCUGCUAUCUCGAAGAAGUUACGGAGGACUAUUGCAGCUUGUAGAAAGCAGUGGAAAGAGUUAACAAGACUGUAUAAGAGUAUUCUGGAUGAUAAAAAGGAGGAUCCUGACAUGCAGAUUGACUGGCGGUAUAUUGAGUUGUUUGACUGCAUAUUUGUUUAUGGUAUGGAUACGCAUCUACUUGAUGGUUAUGAGAAGUUGCAGGAUCAGGAGAAGGAGUCUGAAAAAGUUGGAGUGAAGAGAGUCGAAAUCAAAUCGGACGACGAAAAUGAGUUCGACGAAAUCAUAUCCGAAGAUGAGGAAUCAUACGAUGAGAGAGGCUUCAUGAAACGCUCAAAACGCCGCCCCGGCGAGUCCAAGUCCUUCAAAAUACUCGAGUACUACCAGAAAAACAAGGAUAAGUUCAACUCUCCCUUCCGUAAGAAGCUAGCUCUUUGGGAAGUCCUAGCCAAAGACAUAGGCAUUUCAGCAACCCAGUGCGCUCACAGAUUCAGAAACCUAAAACAGGUCUACACGAAAUAUGUCCAAAGAGAAAUCAAUAAACCUGAGAAACCUAUCCUCUGGCCGUAUUACGCACAUUGCAAAAAGGUCUUUGGAUAUAGAGCCAUUAAGUCCAAAUUGCGAAACGGCAAGAAAGACACGGAUGAUGAGGAAGACUGGUCUGCUAAAGAAAUUAAACAACUCAUCGUUUAUUUCUCGCAGAAUUUUGAUGAUAUCAACUCUAAUUUGGAGGAUAGGAGCAAAUGGUCUGCAUUAGCUGCCGAAAUUGGUAAAUUGGAAGAUGCUUGCAACGAUAAGUUGCUAGAACUGAGAAAAUCUUACAGGAAACUUAAGACGAUGAAAACUAGGAAUCCUGAUGUUAAAAUCAGUUGGAAGUAUUUCAAUAUGUUUGAUGAGAUUUAUAGUGCAAGAGAAGAUACGGGGGAAGUUGUACAAGAAAUUGAAAUAAAUGGAGACGGAUAUGAAGAAUUUAGUCUUUCUGAUGUUAAGAUGGAAGCACAAGAUGACGACUUUCAAUGUAUAAUCGUGAUACCUGAAGGACAAGACAUAAAUGAUAUGACCAACGCACAAAUAAUCAUGUCUGAAAAUGGCGACAUGCAACCAUACAUACAAGUCCAAACAGAAAACCAACAAACAGUCAAGAGAUGGACCAAAAAAACCAAAAAGACAUUGCUGAUACACUAUAUUAACUAUUUGAGGUUGAACAGAGGGAAAGAAAUAAAUCCAACUGACAUGUGGAAGGAAAUAUCAGCCAAAUUAAACAUGUCUCCACUGUCCUGCAGAAAAAUGUUUGCGAAAUUGAAAGUAAAUCAUUUACAACUAGCCAAUGAAGUUGAUCCUAACAAAAAGAAGACUCCAUAUUACACGCUACUUGAGAAAGUAGUAGCUAUGAAGCCGAAAUUCGGUAAAACAGGACAAAAGAAAACAUUAAAAGAAGAAAAAGUUUACACAGAUGUGGUUUUACCUGACGAGAAAGUGCAACAAGCGUUGUUAUACUAUUUAGAUCAUGUAGGAGAAUUCGUGAGUCCCAAGUUUGAGAAUAAAUACCUGUGGACAGAACUGGCCUAUCACACCUCGGAACCUUUGAACAACAUAUUGAGCAAAAUUAACUAUUUGAAGCAGAAUUUCGAUAUACAGACAGGAAAAGUUGCAGGAGAAGACACUCCUUUCACUGACAUUUUAAGGGAAAUCAUAUCGAAGGAAUUUGCUCUUACGAGUGACAUUCAAAAUCAGCCGAAACCUGACCAGCUAGAAACUAAAGAGGAAACAUGGUCUGAUGAGGAAACAGAGCAACUACUGAGCUGGUAUCUGGCGAACUUGGAAAAAUUCAAAAAUCCCAAAUUUGUUCGCAGUUACCUUUGGAUGGAGGCUGCGGACAUUCUUAAGAAAAGUGCCCUGGUUUGUUCUAAAAAGAUGACUGAAGUUAGGACUCAAUACAAAACUCUUAUAAAAGAAAGCCCUGAAGAACUGAACAAUUGGAAGUUCUAUGAUUUGUGCCAGAAAAUAUACGGGACGGGGAAAAGGAAUGCUGAGAGUAUGAUGAUUUUAGAUACGACACAAACCGUUUAGUUUUUAUUUGCCAAGCAAUGUAUUUCUU